UUUUCACUUUGAUUCCAUUUUUGCGACGUGCGGACGUGUCUGCGCGUUCGGAAAUUUAUCAAUUUUAACUGAGAAAAGUGUGUUUAAAAAGCAAAUUGUGUGUGUGUGUGAGAAGUGCAAACAAGUUCUUUCGGCUACGUUGAUCAGUCGUUAAAACCGCGCGAUGGGUGAUUCGCUCGAGGCAACGAUGCCCAGCAUGGGCAGCGAGCAGCCACCAUCCGUGGAGGCGGAGACCGUAGCCAUUAUCGAUUUCGAUAAUUUUUCCAACUAUCUCCGCAAGGCGAUUACGGUGCUGCUGCCGGAGGACGAUAUGAAAUCGUUCGGUCCGCUGAACGCUGCCCUCGAGGAUAGCGUCAACCAGGACUGCAUUCGAAAGUUCAUCUCGGAUCCGCAAACGCAGUCACUGUACAUCCAGCGGAACUGUUUCAAAGAUGACGAGAAUGAGCCACCGACCGAAGGUGAGGAAGAAAAAGACUCCAUUACGUACUACUUCGGCAAUGAUGUGCACUUCACCAACCAGCGUAUGGCAUCGUUGGUGUGCAUCAAGCGUGGCGGACUGAUCGAAGCGGACAAGUCGAUACACUCGCAGGUGCGGCUGAUCAAUUUCUCCGAGGGCUCGCCGUACGAGACGCUGCACGCGUACAUCAGCAAAACGCUUGCACCGUACUUCAAGAGCUACGUGAAGGAAUCGGGCCGUGCCGAUCGCGAUGGCGACAAGAUGGCACCGUCGGUGGAAAAGAAGCUGGCCGAGCUGGAGAUGGGACUGCUGCAUCUGCAGCAAAACAUCGACAUACCGGAGGUGACGCUCAACAUCAACAGCACGGUGGCGCAGGUCGUGAAGAAAUGUGCCGACGAGCAGCGCAAGGCCAAGAUUACCGACUUUGGCGAUAAGGUGCAAGAUUCGACCUUCCUGAACACGCUGCAGAACGGCGUGAAUCGGUGGAUCAAGGAGAUCCAGAAGGUGACGAAGCUGGACCGCGAUCCAUCUUCCGGCACCGCUCUGCAGGAGAUUUCGUUCUGGCUCAAUCUCGAGCGGGCAUUGCAUCGUAUUCAGGAGAAGCGCGAAUCGCCGGAAGUGGCGCUGACGCUGAACAUCCUGAAGCACGGCAAGCGGUUCCACGCGACCGUCUCGUUCGAUACGGACACCGGGCUGAAGCAGACGCUGGCGAUGGUGGCCGACUACAAUCCGCUGAUGAAGGACUUCCCGAUCAACGAUCUGCUUUCGGCCACCGAGCUCGACAAGAUCCGGCAGGCGGUCCAUUCGAUCUUUAACCAUCUGCGCAAGAUCCGUAACACCAAGUACCCGAUCCAGCGCUGUCUGCGCUUGAUCGAGGCCAUCUCGCGCGAUCUUAGCCAGCAGCUGCUGAAGGUGCUCGGUACGCGGCGCCUGAUGCACAUUCCGUUCGAUGAGUUCGAGCGGGUAAUGAACCAGUGCUUCGAGGUGUUUAGCUGCUGGGACGACGAGUACGACAAGCUGCUCGGAACGCUGCGCGAAAUAGUGAAGCGCAAGCGCGACGAACACAUCAAGAUGGUGUGGCGCAUUUCGCCGGCGCACAAGAUCCUGCAGCAGCGCAUGGAGCAUAUGCGUAAGUUCCGCCGGCAGCACGAGCAGCUGCGCACGGUGAUUGUGCGUGUGCUGCGUCCGGCUCGUCAACCAUCGUCCGCCCUUUCGGCGGCCGGUGAUGGUGGGGUAGGGGGCGAGGGCAAGCAGCCGUACAGCCUCGAUACGGCCGACGCAAACGCGAUCGAGGAGGUGAAUCUGGCGUACGAGAACGUGAAGGAGAUCGAGUGUCUGGACAUCUCGAAGGAGGGCUCCGAAGCGUGGGACGCAGCGAUCAAGCGGUACGAGGAGCGCAUCGAUCGGGUGGAGGCCCGCAUUACGGCCCACCUGCGCGAUCAGCUCGGUACGGCGAAGAAUGCGAACGAAAUGUUCCGCAUCUUCUCGCGCUUCAAUGCGCUGUUCGUGCGGCCCCACAUUCGGGGCGCGAUCCGCGAGUACCAGACGCAGCUGAUACAGCGCGUCAAGGACGACAUUGAGGCGCUGCACGAGAAGUUUAAGGUGCAAUACCCGCAAAGCAAGAGCUGCCGGUUGUCGGUGGUGCGCGAUCUGCCGCCCGUAGCCGGUUCGAUCAUCUGGGCGCGGCAAAUCGAUAAUCAGCUGACGAUGUAUCUGAAGCGCGUCGAGGAUGUGCUUGGCCGUGGCUGGGAAUCGCACAUCGACGGUCAAAAGCUGAAGGCCGAUGGGGACAGCUUCCGGGCGAAGCUGUCCACCGCCGAAGUGUUCCAGGACUGGGCCCGCAAGGUGCAGGAACGCAACACCGGCAUCACCGGGCGCAUCUUCUCGAUCGAAGCCACACGCUCCCGUACGGGACGGGGCAAUACUUUGCGGUUGCGUGUGAACUUCCUGCCGGAAAUAAUCACCCUCUACAAGGAGGUGCGUAAUCUGAAGAGUUUGGGCUUCCGCGUACCGCUGGCGAUCGUGAACAAGGCGCACCAGGCGAACCAGCUGUACCCGUUCGCGAUCUCGCUGAUCGAAAGCAUCCGCACGUACGAGCGGACACUAGAGAAGCUAAACAAUAGGACAUUAGCACAAAAUUCCGUAUUUAAGAUUGAGGAUCGGGCCAGCAUCAUCCCGCUGGUGGCUGGCCUGCGCAAGGAGGUACUGUCGCUCAUCUCCGAGGGCAUUGCGCUCGUUUGGGAGAGCUACAAGCUGGAUCCGUACGUGCAGCGCCUCUCGGAGAAUGUGGUCUCGUUCCAGGAGAAGGUGGAGGAUCUGCUGGUGGUGGAGGAGCAGCUGGAUGUGGAUGUGCGUUCGCUGGAAACGUGCCCGUACAGUGCGGCUACCUUUGCGGACAUUCUGUCCAAGAUUCAGCAUGCCGUGGAUGAUUUGUCGCUGAAGCAGUACUCGAAUCUGCACGUGUGGGUCGCACGGCUGGACGAGGAGGUGGAGAAGAAGUUGGCGAUGCGUUUGCAGGCCGGCAUACAGGCGUGGACCGAUGCGCUUACCGGCAACAAGAAGGAGCUCGACCUGUCGAUGGACACGGACGCUCCAACGCAGCCCACCAUUCGCCCCGGCGGUGAUCCGCAGAUUCAGCGAGCGAUUCACGAGAUUCGCAUCACCAACCAGCAGAUGUAUCUGUACCCGUCGAUCGAGGAAGCACGGUUCCAGAUCAUGCAGCAGCUGUUUGCGUGGGAAGCGAUUGUGACGUCCCAGACGCGGCUGCAAAGCUCGCGGUACCAGGUCGGGCUGGACAAGCCGGUUUCGCAGACGUACCGCAACCUGCUGACGAAGCUGCCGAACAAGCCGGACCCGCUGGAGGGUGCGUAUGCGGCGAUCGAGAAUCAGAUCGGCGAUGUGCGUAGCUACGUGGACGAGUGGUUGCGCUACCAGAGCCUGUGGGAUCUGCAGGCCGACAUGCUGUACGGCCGGCUCGGGGAGGACAUCAAUCUGUGGAUCAAGUGCUUGAACGACAUCAAGAAGUCGCGCACCACGUUCGACACGUCGGACACGAGACGCGCGUACGGGCCGAUCGUGAUCGAUUACGCUAAGGUGCAGGCGAAGGUAACGCUCAAGUACGACUCCUGGCACAAGGAGGCGCUCAGCAAGUUCGGCCAGCUGCUGGGCAAUGAGAUGAGCACGUUCCACACGAAGGUGUCCAAGAGUCGCAGCGAUCUGGAGCAGCAGAGCAUCGAGGCCGCUAGUACAUCGGACGCGGUCUGCUUCAUCACGUACGUGCAGUCGCUGAAGAAGGAAAUGCUCGUUUGGGACAAGCAGGUGGAGGUGUACCGCGAAGCGCAGCGCAUCCUCGAGCGGCAGCGCUUCCAGUUUCCGAACAACUGGCUGCACGUGGACAACAUCGAGGGCGAAUGGUCUGCCUUCAACGAGAUAAUGAAGCGCAAGGAUUCCGCGAUCCAGACGCAGGUCGCCAGCCUGCAGGCAAAGAUUGUGGCCGAAGAUAAGGCGGUCGAGACGCGCACGGUCGACUUCCUGAACGAUUGGGAGAAGAACAAACCGACCGGUGGGCGCACGCGCCCGGACGAUGCACUGCAGCAGCUGCACAUCUUCGAGACCAAGUUCUCGCGGCUUAAGGAGGAACGGGACAACGUUGCGAAGGCGAAGGAAGCACUCGAGCUGCAGGAGUCGGCCAUUCCGAACAACAGCACGGAGCGUAUGUCGGUGGUGCUGGAGGAAUUGCAGGAUCUGCGCGGCGUCUGGAGCGAACUGUCCAAGGUGUGGGCACAGAUUGAUGAAACGCGCGAAAAACCGUGGCUGUCGGUGCAGCCGCGCAAGCUGCGCCAGUCGCUGGAAGCGAUGAUGAAUCAGCUGAAGGAGCUGCCCGCCCGGCUGCGCAUGUACGAAAGCUACGAGUACGUGAAGAAGCUGCUGCAGAGCUACAUCAAGGUGAACAUGAUGAUUGUGGAGCUGAAAUCGGACGCGCUGAAGGAGCGGCACUGGAAGCAGCUCACGAAGCAGCUGCGCGUCAGCUGGAUACUGUCCGACCUGACGCUCGGCCAGGUGUGGGACGUUAAUCUGCUGAAGAAUGAAUCGAUCGUCAAGGACAUCAUACUGGUGGCCCAGGGUGAGAUGGCGCUGGAGGAGUUCCUGAAGCAGGUGCGCGAAAGCUGGCAAAACUACGAGCUGGAUCUGAUCAACUAUCAGAACAAGUGUCGCAUCAUCCGCGGCUGGGACGAUCUGUUCAACAAGGUGAAGGAACACAUCAACUCGGUCGCUGCGAUGAAGCUCUCGCCGUACUACAAGGUGUUCGAGGAGGAAGCGCUGACCUGGGAGGAGAAGCUGAACCGCAUCAACUCCCUGUUCGAUGUGUGGAUCGAUGUGCAGCGGCGCUGGGUAUAUCUGGAGGGUAUAUUCUCCGGCAGCGCCGACAUUAAAACGCUGCUCCCGGUCGAAACGUCCCGCUUCCAGAGCAUCAGCUCGGAGUUUCUGGGCCUGAUGAAGAAGGUCGCCAAAUCGCCCAAAGUGAUGGACGUGCUGAACAUCCCGGCAGUGCAGCGCUCGCUCGAGCGUCUCGCCGAUCUGUUGGGCAAAAUCCAGAAAGCGCUCGGCGAGUAUCUCGAACGCGAGCGUACCUCCUUCCCGCGGUUCUACUUCGUGGGUGACGAAGAUUUGCUGGAAAUUAUCGGCAACAGCAAGAACGUGGCACGGCUGCAGAAGCACUUCAAGAAAAUGUUUGCUGGCGUAGCGUCCAUUCUGCUGAACGAGGAUAAUACCGUCAUACUGGGCAUAGCGUCGCGCGAAGGUGAGGAAGUGCGCUUCAUCAAGCCCGUCUCGACGGUCGAACAUCCGAAGAUCAACGAGUGGCUGUCGCUGGUGGAGAAGGAGAUGCGUUUCACGCUCGCCUCCUACCUCGCGCAGGCCGUGCAAGACAUCAAGCAGUUCAAGGACGUGAUCGACACGCAAAAGUACAUGGAAUGGUGCGACAAGUACCAGGCGCAGAUCGUCGUCCUUGCGGCCCAAAUCCUCUGGUCGGAGGAUGUGGAAAACGCGCUGCAGCAAACGUCCGAGGGCAAUGGCAAUGGUGGGAAUGGCAAGGACAGGACACCGCUGCACCGUGUGCUCACGACCGUCGAGGCAACGCUGAACGUGUUGGCCGAUUCGGUGCUGCAGGAGCAGCCGCCGCUGCGCCGCAAAAAGCUCGAGCAUCUGAUCAACGAGUUCGUGCACAAGCGCACCGUGACGCGCCGGCUGAUCGCGCACGGCGUGAACAAUCCGAAAUCGUUCCACUGGCUGUGCGAGAUGCGCUUCUACUUCGAUCCGCGCCAGACCGAGGUGCUGCAGCAGCUAACGAUCCACAUGGCGAACGCGCGCUUCUACUACGGCUUCGAGUAUCUGGGCGUGCAGGAUCGGUUGGUGCAGACGCCGCUCACCGAUCGCUGCUACCUGACGAUGACGCAGGCGCUGGAGGCGCGGCUCGGCGGAUCACCGUUCGGGCCGGCCGGUACCGGCAAGACGGAAUCGGUGAAGGCGCUCGGCAACCAGCUCGGCCGCUUCGUGCUCGUCUUCAACUGCGACGAAACGUUCGACUUCCAGGCGAUGGGCCGCAUCUUCGUCGGCCUGUGUCAGGUGGGCGCCUGGGGCUGCUUCGACGAGUUUAACCGGCUCGAGGAGCGCAUGCUGUCGGCGGUAUCGCAGCAGAUCCAAACCAUCCAGGAGGCGCUCAAAUCGCAGCAGGACGCGAACCGGGACGCGCAAAGCAUUACGGUCGAGCUGGUCGGCAAGCAGGUGCGCGUGUCCACCGAUAUGGCCAUCUUUAUCACGAUGAAUCCGGGCUAUGCGGGCCGCUCGAACCUGCCGGACAAUCUGAAGAAGCUGUUCCGGUCGCUGGCGAUGACCACACCGGACCGGCAGCUGAUCGCGGAGGUGAUGCUGUUCAGCCAGGGUUUCCGCACCGCGGAGAAGCUCGCGUGCAAGAUCGUGCCGUUCUUUAAGCUGUGCGACGAGCAGCUGUCCAACCAGUCGCACUACGAUUUCGGACUGCGCGCCCUCAAAUCGGUGCUCGUGUCGGCGGGCAACGUGAAGCGGGAUCGUAUUAUGAAGAUCAAGGACACGAAGAAGCAGCAGGGCGAGGAAAACAUUGACGAGGCGUCGAUAGCGGAAAAUUUGCCCGAGCAGGAGAUUCUUAUCCAGUCGGUGUGUGAAACGAUGGUGCCGAAGUUGGUGGCGGAGGACAUACCACUGCUGUUCUCGCUGCUGAGCGAUGUGUUCCCGAACGUGGGCUAUACGCGGGCCGAAAUGAAGGGACUGAAGGACGAGAUCCGCAAGGUGUGCUCGGAGGAGUAUCUGGUGUGCGGCGAGGGCGAUGAGCAGGGCGGUGCCUGGAUGGAGAAGGGAUUUGGCGAAACGUGGGUCGACAAAGUGCUGCAACUGUAUCAAAUCUCGAACCUUAACCACGGUCUGAUGAUGGUGGGUCCAUCCGGGUCGGGUAAAUCAUCCGCCUGGAAGGUGCUGUUGAAGGCGCUGGAACGGUUCGAGGGGACGGAGGGCGUUGCGCACGUGAUCGAUCCGAAAGCGAUCUCGAAGGAGGCGCUGUACGGUGUGCUCGAUCCGAACACGCGCGAAUGGACGGACGGUUUGUUUACGCACAUUUUGCGCAAAAUCAUCGACAAUGUGCGGGGCGAGAUUAACAAGCGCCAGUGGAUCAUCUUCGACGGUGACGUCGAUCCGGAAUGGGUGGAAAAUCUUAACUCCGUGCUGGACGAUAACAAGCUGCUAACGCUACCGAACGGCGAGCGGCUAUCGCUGCCCCCGAACGUGCGCAUCAUGUUCGAGGUGCAGGACCUGAAGUACGCCACGCUGGCCACCGUUUCGCGCUGCGGUAUGGUGUGGUUCUCGGAGGACGUGCUUUCGACGGAGAUGAUCUUCGAAAACUACAUGUCCCGCUUGCGCCACAUCCCGCUCGAGGACGGCGAGGAGGAAAGCUUCGGUGGGCAGGCGAAGAGCGCGGAGAAGGAGGAUGAGGUAACGCCGGCGCUACAAACGCAGCGCGAAAUUGCUGCCCUGCUGCAGCCGUACUUCAGCUCGGACGGGUUGGUGGUGCGUUGUCUCGAGUACGCGAUGGGCCAGGAGCACAUCAUGGACUUUACCCGGCUGCGGGCACUCAGUUCACUGUUUUCGAUGCUGAAUCAGGGCGCACGGAACGUGCUGACGUUCAACCAGCAGCAUCCCGAUUUCCCUGUGCCGCCGGAACAGCUGGAACAGUACAUUCCGAAGCUGCUCAUCUACUCGAUGCUGUGGUCGUUCGCGGGCGAUUCGAAGCUGAAGGUCCGGUCGGAUUUGGGUGAUUUUCUGCGCAGCAUCACCACGGUGACGCUGCCCGCCCAGGGCGGCAAUCCGAUCAUCGACUACGAGGUCAACAUCCAGGGCGAUUGGGUACCGUGGUCGAACAAGGUGCCGGUGAUCGAGAUCGAAACGCACAAGGUGGCCGCCCCGGACGUGGUGGUGCCGACGCUCGAUACGGUCCGGCACGAGUCGCUGCUGUACACGUGGCUGGCCGAACAUAAGCCGCUCGUGCUGUGCGGUCCGCCCGGUUCCGGCAAAACGAUGACACUGUUCUCCGCCCUGCGUGCCCUACCGGACAUGGAGGUGGUUGGGUUAAACUUCUCGUCCGCCACCACGCCGGAACUGUUGCUGAAAACGUUCGACCAUUACUGCGAGUACCGCAAGACGCCGAACGGCGUUGUGCUUGCCCCGGUACAGCUCGGCAAAUGGUUGGUGCUGUUCUGCGACGAAAUCAACCUGCCCGACAUGGACUCGUACGGUACGCAGCGCGUCAUUUCCUUCCUGCGCCAGCUGGUGGAGCAUAAGGGUUUCUACCGUGCGGCCGACCAGUCGUGGGUGUCGCUCGAGCGCAUCCAGUUCGUCGGUGCCUGCAACCCACCGACCGAUCCGGGUCGCAAACCGCUAAGCCAUCGGUUCCUGCGCCACGUACCGAUCAUCUACGUGGACUAUCCGGGCGAAACUUCGCUGAAGCAAAUUUACGGCACGUUCAGCCGCGCGAUGCUGCGCUUGAUGCCGAAUCUGCGCGGUUACGCCGAACCGCUCACGAACGCGAUGGUCGAGUUUUAUCUCGCGUCGCAGGAUCGCUUCACGCAGGACAUGCAACCGCACUACGUGUACUCGCCGCGCGAGAUGACGCGCUGGGUGCGUGGCAUCUGUGAGGCAAUCCGGCCGCUGGACAAUCUGCCGGUCGAGGGUCUGGUGCGGUUGUGGGCGCACGAAGCGCUGCGCCUGUUCCAGGACCGCCUGGUGGAAGAGUCGGAACGGCGCUGGACGAACGAGAACAUCGAUCUGGUCGCGACGAAACACUUCCCGAGCGUGGACCGUGACAAGGCGCUCGCCCGGCCGAUCCUGUACAGCAACUGGCUGUCGAAGGACUACAUGCCGGUGAAUCGGGACGAGCUGCGCGAUUACGUGAAGGCGCGGCUGAAGGUGUUCUACGAGGAGGAGCUCGACGUGCCGCUCGUCCUGUUUGACGAGGUGCUCGAGCACGUGCUGCGCAUCGAUCGGAUCUUCCGCCAGCCGCAGGGCCAUCUGCUGCUGAUCGGUGUGUCGGGCGCCGGUAAGACGACACUGUCGCGCUUCGUCGCCUGGAUGAACGGGCUGUCCAUCUUCCAGAUCAAGGUGCACAACAAGUACACGAGCGAGGACUUUGACGAGGAUCUGCGGUGCGUGCUGCGGCGGGCCGGGUGUAAGGACGAAAAGAUUGCCUUCAUCCUGGACGAAUCGAACGUGCUCGAUUCGGGCUUCCUCGAGCGUAUGAACACGCUGCUGGCGAACGGCGAGGUGCCCGGUUUGUUCGAGGGCGACGAGUACACGACGCUCAUGACGCAGUGCAAGGAGGGCGCACAGCGCGAAGGGCUUAUGCUGGACUCGAGCGACGAACUGUACAAGUGGUUCACGCAGCAGGUGAUGCGCAACCUGCACGUCGUCUUCACCAUGAACCCGUCCACCGACGGUUUGAAGGAUCGGGCCGCCACCUCGCCCGCACUGUUUAACCGUUGCGUGCUGAACUGGUUCGGCGAUUGGUCCGAUUCGGCCCUGUUCCAGGUCGGCAAAGAGUUUACCAUCCGGGUCGAUCUGGAGAAACCGACCUGGUCGGCGCCGGACUUUUUCCCCGCCGUUUGUCCACUCGUCUCGAACACACCGUCGCAUCGCGACGCGGUUAUCAACAGCUGCGUGUACGUGCACCAGACGCUGCACAAGGCGAACGCACGGUUGGCAAAGCGGGGCAGCCGCACGAUGGCCAUCACGCCCCGCCACUAUCUGGACUUUAUCCAUCACUUUGUGAAGCUGUACUCGGAGAAGCGCAGCGAUCUGGAGGAACAGCAGCUGCAUCUGAACGUCGGGCUGAACAAGAUCGCCGAAACGGUCGAGCAGGUGGAGGAAAUGCAAAAAUCGUUGGCAGUGAAAUCGCAAGAGCUGCAGGCGAAGAAUGAGGCAGCCAACGCGAAGCUGAAGCAAAUGUUCAAGGAUCAGCAGGAGGCCGAAAUCAAGAAGGUGCAGUCGCAGGAAAUUCAGCAGCAGCUCGACGAGCAGACGGUCAAGAUCGAGGAGAAGCGCAAGGACGUGGUGGCGGAUUUGGCGCAGGUCGAACCGGCCGUCAUCGACGCGCAGGCCGCGGUGGGCAAUAUUAAGAAGAAGCAGCUUGCCGAGGUGCGCACGAUGGCGAAUCCGCCCCUGCCGGUCAAGAUGGCGCUUGAGUCAGUGUGUCUGCUGCUCGGCGAGGACGAUCGGGGCGGCGACUGGAAGGCCAUUCGUGCGAUCAUGGUGAAGGACAGCUUCAUCGCGUCGAUUGUCAAGCUGGACACAUCGCACAUUACCGAUGAGGUGCGUGAAAAGAUGAAGUCGAAGUAUCUGAGCAACCCGGACUACAACUUCGAGAAGGUGAACCGGGCGUCGAUGGCUUGCGGGCCGAUGGUGAAGUGGGCGAUCGCACAGGUCGAGUACGCCGACAUGCUGAAGCGCGUCGAGCCGCUGCGUGACGAGCUGAGCUCGCUGGAGCGCCAGGCGGACACGAACAUCAAGCACGGCAGGGAGGUGAAGGAGCUGAUCGCCCAGCUCGAGCAGAGUAUUGCCGCGUACAAGGAGGAGUACGCGCAGCUCAUCUCGCAGGCCCAAGCGAUCAAGACCGAUCUGGAGAACGUGCAGGCGAAGGUGGACCGGUCGAUCGCGCUGCUGAAGAGUUUGGUGAUCGAGCGGGAACGCUGGGAGGCCACGAGCGAAACGUUCCGCUCGCAGAUGUCCACCAUCGUCGGGGACGUGCUGCUGUCGGCUGCGUUUAUCGCGUACGGCGGCUACUUCGAUCAGCACUAUCGAAGCAAUCUCUUCUCGACCUGGUGCCAGCAUCUGCAGGCGGCAAACAUCCAGUUCCGGGCGGACAUUGCCCGUACCGAGUAUCUGUCCAAUCCGGACGAACGUUUGCGCUGGCAGGCGAACGCGCUGCCGACCGACGACCUGUGCACGGAGAAUGCGAUCAUGUUGAAGCGCUUCAACCGCUACCCGCUGAUCAUAGAUCCUUCCGGGCAGGCAACGGAGUUCAUUAUGAACGAGUUCAGGGAUAAGAAGAUCACCAAGACGAGCUUCCUGGAUGAUUCGUUCCGUAAAAAUCUGGAAUCGGCCCUGCGGUUCGGUAAUCCGUUGCUUGUGCAGGACGUCGAGAACUACGAUCCGAUCCUGAAUCCGGUGCUGAAUCGGGAGUUGCGCCGUACCGGGGGCCGCGUGCUGAUCACGCUCGGCGACCAGGACAUCGAUCUGUCGCCGUCGUUCGUUAUCUUCCUGUCGACGCGCGAUCCGACGGUCGAGUUCCCACCGGACAUCUGUUCCCGCGUGACGUUCGUUAACUUUACCGUGACGCGCAGCUCGCUACAGUCGCAGUGUCUCAACCAGGUGCUCAAGGCCGAGCGGCCCGACAUUGACGAGAAGCGGUCGGAUCUGCUGAAGCUGCAGGGCGAGUUCCAUCUGCGGCUGCGCCAGCUGGAGAAGAGUUUGCUGCAGGCGUUGAACGACGCCAAGGGUAAGAUUCUGGACGACGAUUCGGUCAUCACCACGCUGGAAACGCUCAAGAAGGAAGCGGCCGACAUUGGGCAGAAGGUGGAGGAAACGGAUAAGGUGAUCGGUGAGAUUGAAACGGUUUCGCAGCAGUACCUGUCCCUGUCGCAGGCCUGCUCGAACAUCUACUUCACGAUGGACAGCCUGAACCAGGUGCACUUCCUGUACCAGUACUCGCUGAAGAUGUUCCUGGACAUAUUCAGCACGGUGCUGCACAACAAUCCGAAGCUGGAGGGCAAAUCGGACCACACUGCCCGGCUGCUGAUCAUCACGUCCGAUCUGUACCGGGUGUGUUACGAUCGGGUAGCGCGCGGUAUGCUGCACGCGGAUCGGCUUACCUUCGCCAUCCUGCUGUGUCGCAUCCAUCUGAAGGGCACGUCGGAACCGAACCUCGACCAGGAGUUCAAUUUCUUCCUGCGCAACAAGGAAGGACUGGUGGCGUCUGCCAGCCACGUGGACGGUGUGAGUGCGGAGCAGCUCGAGUCGGUCACGCGGCUGGCCACCCGGCUGCCCAUCUUCCGCAAGCUGCUGGACAAAAUCAAAUCCAUGCCCGAGCUCACCGCCUGGCUGCAGCAGGGCUCGCCGGAGCAGAACGUGCCCGUGCUGUGGGAUGAGUCGAAGGCCCUGUCCUCGAUUUCGGCGACCAUGCAUCAGCUGCUGCUGAUUCAAGCCUUCCGACCGGAUCGCGUUAUCGCCGCGGCCCACCUGUUCGUGUCGACCGUGCUCGGGGAGGACUUUAUGCCCGCGGCCGAGAAGGAGUUGGACUUUGCCACCUGCGUGGAGCAGGAGCUGAACAGCAACACGCCGGCACUGCUGUGCUCGGUCACCGGGUACGAUGCGUCGUCGCGCGUUGACGAUUUGGCCGCGGAGCUGAACAAACAGAUAUCGAGCAUCGCGAUCGGUUCGGCGGAAGGUUUCAAUCAAGCGGAGCGGGCCAUCAACAUGGCGUGCAAGUCGGGCCGUUGGGUGCUGCUGAAGAACGUCCACCUGGCGCCCCAGUGGUUGGUGCAGCUGGAGAAGAAGCUUCACUCGCUGCAACCACACUCCGGAUUCCGCCUGUUCCUCACGAUGGAGAUCAAUCCGAAGGUGCCGGUGAAUCUGCUCCGAGCGGGUCGCAUCUUCGUGUACGAACCACCGCCAGGCAUUCGGGCGAAUUUGCUGCGCACCUUCUCAACCGUGCCGGCCGCACGUAUGAUGAAGCAGCCGAGCGAACGCGCCCGGCUGUACUUCCUGCUGUCGUGGUUCCACGCCAUCGUGCAGGAACGACUGCGCUACGUGCCGCUUGGCUGGGCGAAGAAGUACGAGUUUAACGAGUCGGAUCUGCGCGUCGCCUGCGACACGCUCGACACGUGGAUCGAUGCGACCGCGAUGGGCCGCACAAAUCUCCCGCCGGAGAAGGUCCCGUGGGAUGCGCUGGUUACGCUGCUGUCGCAGAGCAUCUACGGUGGCAAGAUCGAUAACGAUUUCGAUCAGCGGCUGCUGGCUUCCUUCCUGUCGAAGCUGUUCACGGCCCACAGCUUCGAGGCUGAGUUUGCACUCGUCGCCAACGUGGACGGGGUGGCCGGUGGACCAAACGGGCAGCGGCACAUCACCAUGCCCGAUGGGACGCGCCGCGAUCACUUCCUCAAGUGGAUCGAGGCGCUGGCCGACCGGCAAACCCCGUCCUGGCUCGGCCUGCCGAACAAUGCCGAGAAGGUGCUGCUGACAACGCGCGGCACCGAUCUGAUCAGCAAGCUGCUCAAGAUGCAGCAGCUAGAGGACGAUGACGAGCUGGCGUACAGCAACGACGAAAGUCUCGAUACGAUGCAGACGCGCCAGGAGGAUGGGCGCCCGUCGUGGAUGAAGACGCUGCACAACAGUGCGCUGACCUGGCUGGAGCUGCUGCCCAAGACGCUGGCAACGCUCAAGCGUACCGUGGAAAACAUCAAGGAUCCGCUGUAUCGCUACUUCGAGCGGGAGGUUUCCAGUGGCGCGAAGCUGCUGCAAACGGUCGUCAGCGAUCUGCAGGACGUGGUGUUCAUCUGCCAGGGUGAGAAGAAGCAGACCAACUACCAUCGGACGAUGCUGAGCGAGCUGGUGCGCGGUAUUCUGCCGGCCGGAUGGCGCCGCUACACCGUGCCGGCUGGCUGUACCGUCAUCCAGUGGAUAACGGACUUCAGUCAGCGUGUGCAGCAGCUGCAGAAGGUGUCGACGCUGGUGUCGCAGGCGGGCGCCAAGGAGCUGCAAAGCUUCCCCGUCUGGUUGGGUGGACUGUUCAACCCGGAAGCGUACAUCACCGCCACGCGGCAGUGUGUGGCACAGGCGAACAGCUGGUCGCUGGAAGAGCUGACGCUCACCGUUACGAUCACGGAAGGCGGUUCGGACAGCUUCGACAAUCUGAAGGAUAGCAGCUUUGGCGUGUCGGGGCUGAAGCUACAGGGCGCUCAAUGCAAGAACAAUCAGCUGCUGCUCACGUCCGCCAUUAUGACGGAAUUGCCGCUGACGCUGCUGAAAUGGACACGCAUUGAUUCGGAAGCUGCUCGCGCCACCAAGCUCACGCUGCCGGUCUAUCUCAACUCGACGCGCGUGGAGCUGCUGUUCACGGUCGAUAUGACAGUCGCGCCGGGCCAGGAUCCGCACAGCUUCUACGAGCGUGGCGUUGCUGUGCUUGCAUCGACCGCACUAAACUAAACAUCAGGAAGGACACAUUUCCUCCUGCUUUAAUCGUGUGUCUCAUGAUAUCGUGUGUAUUGGGCAAAACUAAUGGUGCAAAGGUUAUUGGGAAUCAUGCUAUAUUUGUCUUCGUUUGUACCGCAUUUCUGCAUCUUGAAGUGCGCUUAUAUUACACAGCGCAGCAGUAGUGCAUAUGAUGACUAUCGUACGCUAGCAAAAUUGUAGUGCUCUCGUUCUAAGGACACAAAACGGGCACGCUUAAUCAAUUCACUCAUACUCAAAUAUAUUUCACAUGCAAACUUAAACCGUUUA